UCGGACGAUGCUCGAGAACCCUGUCUUCACUCUGCCUUGCCUUUUGAUCUGGCCUCUGCUCCAGCGGGCACGACGGGCCCGCCUUGCCCGCCGCCUGCCAGCAAGCGCCAACGAAAGGUGUUGUUCGACGAGUGCAGGUGCGCUGAGGCCACGGCUUACCUAAGAUGUGACAAUCGGAUAAUCUUCCCAAUCUCCGUUCUUCUCGUCUCAGUCUGAUCCCCAUGACCGACGGAGGUACAGACCAACGGACCAAGGAGAUGGCUCAGGAGGCGGCUGGGGCGACGGGGACGAUGCAUGCGUCUGGGCCUGAGCAGGACUGCGCCUGGGCCACGCUGCUGACAGGCGAAAAGUACCUGCCGGGGCUCGCUGUCUUCUCCGAGUCGCUGCUCCGCUCGCCGUGGGCAAGCCGAUACCCGCUCGUGGUCAUGGUACCCCCCGACGCCUCGCCGCGGCUACGGGCAGCCAUCGUGGCGCUGGGCUGCCGCCUGCGCACAGUGGACCCGCUCGUGGCGCGCGCGUCGGACAAGAUGGCCGCGGCGCGCUUCGCAGACGUGUGGACCAAGCUGCGCGCGUGGCACCUCACCGAGUUCCGCCGCGUCGUCCUCGUCGACAGCGACAUGCUCGUGCGCCGCAACAUGGACGAGCUCUUCGGUGUCGAGCUGGCGCCCGGCACGAUCCGCGCGGGCUUUGCAUGCACCUGCAACCCAGCACGGAUCGCCACCUACCCGGCCGAGUGGACGCCCGAGAACUGCGCAUUCUCGCCUCAGAAGCAUCCUACGGCACUGACGCAGCCGACGGCACUGGGCCCACACUCGCCCCCGACGCACCACCUCCUCAACUCGGGCCUCGUCGUGCUGACGCCCGAUGCGGCGACGAUGGACGCCAUGGCGGCGCGCAUCGCGACCGACGCAGCCGUGGUUAGUUACCGCUUCCCCGACCAGGACUUUCUCGCCGACUUCUUCAAGGGCCGCUUUGUGCCCCUGCCCUGGUUCUACAACGCCAUCAAGAAGCUCCGUGCCGUGCACCCCGACAUGUGGCGCGACGACGAGGUGCGCAACGUCCAUUACAUCAUCAACAAGCCCUGGGAGGCACGGCUGGCGCGCGACGACGCCGACUACGAGACGCACGAGUGGUGGUGGCAGGCCUACCGUGCCAAGGAGUGGGACAAGAUCAUCACCGACGGUGUUGUGCAAUAGUGAAAUGGCGUUAUACAAUUAAUAGAACAUUCUC